AUGACAAUUGAAGAAAAACAUCUGGAAUUGGCCAACAGAAAAGGCAUUGUGUUUCAUCAAGAUAACAGAUCAAACACUUCUUUACAAACAUGCCAAAAAUUAUUGGAACUAAGCUGGAAUGUUUUACCUCCCCAUACUCACCUGAUCAGACUACCAUUUGUUCGAGUUAUAAUUUAUUAUCUUUCAGUCACUUUCUAUGAUCAACUAGCAGUUCUUCAGGCAUUUUUCCUAACUUUGUGUGUUACAAUAAGUUUGACCUUGUUCACAUUUCAAUCAAAAUAUGAUGUAUCAUCUUGGGGAGGAGGAUUAUUUUCCAUCUUGUGUAUUUUAUCUAUUGGUAUGGUUUUGCAGAUGUUUACUGGAAGUACCCAAAUGGAGUUAUUUUUAUCAAUUGGAGGAGCUAUUCUCUUUUCUCUCUUCAUCAUUUAUGAUACACACAUGAUUAUGCAUCGUCUGUCUCCAGAAGAGUACAUCUUAGCUUCUAUUGAUCUCUAUCUAGACAUUAUUAAUUUAUUUUUUCAUUUGUUGAGAAUUUUGAGCCAUUCACGGAAAAGUUAAACGAUGUCCGUAGUUCCGAACGAAUUCUUUAGAAUUGCAUUUAUCAGUUUUGACAAAAUUAAUGAUUGGUCAGAAUGAUUCAAAUCAAAAUUAGAUCAAUUUUUUUCUAUUUAAUUUCAAUAUAUUUCUUUAUUAAAUUAAUUAAACUUUUGUAACAUUAAUUUAAAGACUUUCAAGGAUUGUAUGGUAUAUAACGUUACAUAAUAAAUAUGCUUAUUAUUAUAUCUAAAAAA